CACUGUUUCCUGGCAAGCAAGUUUCGCUGGGAAGGAUGGACCCCAAGGCAUUAUCCUGUAUGGGCUGAGGUUGGGGAUCAAGCUGAGAUGCGAAUUCGGUAUCAGCCACCAGAUCCAAGGCCUUACUGGCUGCCCUGCUUCCCGUAGGUUCUAUGGACAGCCUCCAUGGCCUCUGGGCUGGCAGAAGAGUCUGAACCAAGUCUUGGGGAGUCUGAACUGGCUGUGAACCCCUUUGAUGGGCUCCCCUUCUCUUCCGGCUACUAUGAGCUGCUUGAGCAGCGCAGAGCCUUGCCCAUCUGGGCUGCUCGCUUCCUGUUCUUGGAACAUUUGGAGAGUAGCCCCACUGGAGUGGUGCUGGUGUCUGGGGAGCCCGGCUCUGGCAAGAGCACCCAGAUUCCUCAAUGGUGUGCAGAGUUUGCACUGGCCAGGGGGUUCCAGACAGGCCAAGUUACUGUCACUCAGCCCUACCCUCUUGCAGCCAUGAGCCUGGCUUCAAGGGUGGCUGAUGAGAUGGACCUGACCCUGGGUCAUGAGAUUGGAUACAGCGUUCCUCAGGAGGACUGCACAGGGCCCAGCACCAUGCUCAGGUUCUGCUGGGACAGGCUGCUUCUGCAGGAAGUAGCCUCCACCCGGGGCCCUGGAGCCUGGAGUGUGCUGAUCCUGGAUGAAGCUCAGGAGCGGUCAGUGGCCUCAGAUUUACUGCAGGGUCUCCUGAGAGACACCAGACUGAAAAACCUUCCAGGGGAUCCCCGAGUGGUUGUGGUUACUGACCCAGAUCUUGAGCCCAAACUCCAAGCUUUCUGGGGCAAUUCUCCUAUUGUGCGUGUACCCAGAGAUCCUGGUGGAGAUCCCACUCUUGUCUACAGAGACACUGUCCCUAGUGACUUAGUGGAAGCUGCCUGCCAAGCUGUGCUUGAGCUGUGUCGGCGAGAGGAGGCACCAGGAGAUGUGCUGGUGUACCUGCCCGGUGAGGAGGAAAUUUCCCUGUGCUGUGAAUCCUUGUCCAGGGAGUUGGGGACAUUGGCUGGCCCAGGGCAUCCACCACGGGUACUGCCCCUUCACCCAGGCUGCGGUCAGGCCAUCCAAGCUGUGUAUGAGGACACAGGCGUGAGUGUCCGGAAGAUCGUGGUCACUCAUUGGCUGGCAGAUUUCUCCUUCUCCCUCCCGUCCAUCCGACAUGUCAUUGACUCAGGACUGGAACUUCGCAGUGUUUACAAUCCUCGGAUCCGGGCAGAAUCCCAGGUUUUGAGACCAGUUAGCAAGUGUCAGGCAGAGGCAAGACGAUUGCGGGCAAAGGGGUCCCCACCAGGAUCCUGCCUCCGCCUGUACUCUGAGUCAGUCCUAGAACUAGAGGCUCCCCCGCUGCCCCAUCCCAAAGUGUUUGAGGAGAAUCUAAACUCCCUGGUGUUGCUACUCAUGAGGAAACAGAUUGCAGAGCCAGGGGAAUGCCACUUCCUGGACAGGCCUGCACCAGAAGCACUGAUGCAGGCCCUGGAAGACUUGGACUAUCUGGCUGCGCUGGAUGACGAUGGGGACCUGUCGGAUCUGGGGAUCAUUCUGUCGGAGUUUCCCCUGCCCCCUGAGCUGGCCAAAGCCCUGCUGGCCUCCUGCGAGUUUAACUGUGUGGAUGAAAUGCUCACUCUUGCUGCCAUGCUCACUGCUGCUCCUGGGUUUACGGGACCUCCACUGUGUGCAGAAGAAGCUGCCUUGCGUCGGGCCCUGGAACAUGCAGAUGGCGAUCACAGCUCGCUGAUCCAGAUUUAUGAAGCCUUUGUACAAAGUGGAGCCGAUGAGGUUUGGUGUCAGGCUCGGGGGCUGAACUGGGCAGCAUUGUGCCAAGCCCGUAAACUGCGAGCCGAGCUCGUGGAACUCAUGCAACAGAUUGAGCUUCCCCUGUCUCAGCCAGCCUUUGGCUCUGAGCAGAAUCGCAGAGACCUUCAGAAAGCGCUGCUGUCAGGAUUCUUCCUUAAGGUGGCCCAAGACAUAGACGGAGCUGGAAAUUACCUGCUUCUCACCCACAACCACGUAGCCCAGCUGUCUUCAUAUUGCAGCUACCGAAAUCGCAGGGCCCCACCACCGGCCUGGGUGCUAUACCACAGUUUCUCCAUAUCUAAAGACAACUGCCUUUACAUCGUCUCUGAGAUUCAACCUCAGAUGCUGGUGGAGCUAGCCCCUCCAUACUUCCUGAGUAACUUACCCCCCAGUGAGAGCAGAGACUUCCUGAAUCAGCUGAGAGAAGGAACUGCAGAAGAGCCAUCAGCAGAGCCUGAAUCUUCCUCUCCCCGGGAAUAUGGGGAUGGCUGUGUUCUGCAGUGAGCUGCCUAAGGAAUGGAGCCAACCUCACCGCACAGCACCAAGGCAGUUGGCCAGUCUUAGAAACCCAAAGUCAAAUAUACUCCUGGAACCCAAGA